AUGAGGAAAAUAAAAAAAGACGAGAUAGUGAACGUAUUGUUCACAAUAUUUUUGGUGAUGGUUCAACAACUUUCAUUAUUAUAUAUCAUAUUAAAUAAUACAAAUAAUUAUUUAUAUUUCAGUUUUUUAGCAAUAGAUAUAUAUUUAUGUAUAUAUAUGAUAUGGAGUUUAUAUGAUUAUAAUAAUGCAGGAGUAAAAAUAUCAAUAGAAUGGAUGAUUUAUAUGAUAACAUUAAGUUUGAAGAUGAUUAUAUUUUGUUUUGUAAUAAUUCAAAUUGAAAAAGCAAAAAAAAGUGGCAAUCCUUUUUUUAUAUAUUUAGGUAAUGAUGUAUUAGUAUAUAAUUUAAUAUAUAUGACCCCAUUUAUUUAUUUAUUAUUUUCAUUGAGAAGUAGAAAUAUAUUAGAAUAUAUAUUAAGUAAUCAAAUAACUAUUGAAAACAUAUUAAGUAUUGAUGUAAAUAUAAUUAAUUUAUUUGAUAUAAUUGACUUAACAUUUAUGUAUUCCCAUUUGACAACUAUUUAUAAAAUAUUAUCAGACUCAGAAUAUUAUACCAUUCAAAAAGUAUAUAUUAUGCUAGUUAUAGUUAUUGUAUCUAUGCUAUUAUUUGCUUUUUAUUUCCCUAUAUAUACUAAUAUAGAAAAAUCAUAUUCCUAUGAUGAUAUAGAUACAAAUUUUGGUGUUAAAAAUAAAAUUAUUCGAAAAAAAAGACCCGAAAUAAAUUAUCAAGACAAUUUUUUAAAAAAUGAAAGUAGACUUAUUUCAAGAAAACCCAUGUUGCUAGAUACAAAAGGGGGACAAACAAAUGGAAAUGAAACUGGUAUGAACAAUAUUAGUCGGUAUGUUAAUCAUGCGAAGACUUUUUUAAAUAUAUAUGACUCAAAUAAAAAACCAUUAAAAAUGACAAAUACAAUUAAAUAUAAAAAUAAUGAUAAAUCCAAAGUAUCAGAAAAAAAAAUAUUAUUUUCAUCAUCAGAAUCUAUGUAUUCACAAAAAUCACUUUCAACAACACCAUCUUCUUUUUAUUCACAAAAUAAUUCAAAUGAUAUAUUAAGUGAAAGUGUAUUUUCUUCUACAUCUUCUUCAAAUACAUCUGCUUUUUCAUAUGAAGUGUCUGAUUAUUCUAAAUCUCGUUCUAAUGAUUCACCCAUGUCUUCUUCUUCAUCACAAACAUCAUCAUCUCAUUCUUCUAACGCUCCAAUUUCUGCAUAUCUACCUUCUUUUUUUUCUUUUACUUCUAAAAAUCACAAAAACAAUAAUUCAUAUAAUAAAAAAUAUAGAGAUGUAUAUACUGAUGUGUAUAUAACAGCCAAAUUUCAUUUCAUUGUUGGAUUUUUUUUAAUUGACGUCCCUUUCCUUAUAUAUAGGCUCUACUUCUGUAUUAAGUACAAGGUGAUCCUUACCCUGGUCAUAAAAAAUGUCCUGUUUCUUCUAUUCCGAUCAUUCAAGCUUAAUGAAUAUCGGCUUGUGGAAAAAGAAAAACAUAAGAAGAACAAAAGUAAUUUCGAUUUUCAAUUUUACACCAAUGAGAAUGGAGAUAGUGAAAGCAAUGAUUACACACAAUAUGAUGAUUUAAGUAGUUCUGAAAAAUCUCAAUUUUUUUAUAAAAAUAAAAAAAGUCUAUUACUAGAUGAUAGAAAUGGUUAUAAAAGAUGGAAAUAUAUAAAGUCUAUACGGACUUUUAAAAAUAAAACAUUUAACGAAAUGAACAAAAUGAAAAGUAAAAAAGAGUAUGUGUUUUUGAAAAAAAAAAAUAAUAAGAAUAAAUAUUUAAAAAAAAAAAAAAAAAAAAAAAUAGACAUAUUAGAUAUAUUUAAAGAAGAAUUUCAAGAAAAUAAGCAAAAAAUGAUUUUAGAAAAAAUAGCAUUAAAAAAUAAAGAACAAGCAAAUAUUAAUAGUGUCUAUUUUGAUAAGUUAGAUAACAGUAUAAGUAGUGGUGCUUAUGAAAAAGGAACAAAUAAUUCGAUUAGUAGACAAAUUAAUAAUAGUGAUUUAUAUAAUAAUGAUGGUUAUGAUAAAUUUGUAAAAAAUGGAGAAAAUGAAGAUUCAAAAAAUAGUACAAAAGUUAAAUUUAGUUGGAGAGAAAAAAUAGAAUUAAGAAAAAAAUAUAAAACUUUUAUAAAUUUAAUUUAUAAAUUAAAAUAUAAAAGAGAAAUUCCAAUUUAUAGAAUAACAAUAAUGGAUCAUAUUACAGAAUUAUACAAUUUUUUAUUUAAAAAAAUUAACUGUUCAAAUUAUAUAUUUUUUGAUGAUAAAUUAGUAUUUUCCUAUUUUACAAAUAUGAAAUUUAUGUUAAUAAUAUUUUUAGAUUAUUUAUUAAAAAUUGGGGUGACUAUAUUUUUUUUAUUUAUCUUGCUAAAUAAUCAUACAUUUAUAAAUAAGCACAAUAUAAGCUAUUUCCAUGACAUACCAAUAAUAAAUAAUGCAGCCCAACCAUUAGAAUUUCCUCAAAGUUUUGAUCUAUCCAAAUAUCCAAAUAUUCAAGUACCAGAAAAUCCAAUAAAUAUAAAAUACAUAAAUAAAGACAUUGGGAAUGUAGGUAGUACUAAUGUAACAGAAACAAUACCUGGGAUUAUUCCAAAUGGCUAUCUUAAUUUAAAUAUUCGAGACAAUAUUUUCACAUUAAAAUGGAGUGAAAUUUUUAUAUAUGACAAAAUAUAUUUAUAUGCUUGUAUGGCAUAUUUCGUGUUAUAUUUUAUAUUACUUAUUAAAGCGUCGACAUUUUUUGAUGUCCUAUUUGCAGCUAUAUUUAAUACUAUAAGGAAUUUGUCUUAUUAUUUUUCCUUAAAACAAUUUAUUUUGUUUUUUUAUACUUUUAAUGGGAAUAUAUAUAAUAAAAAUUAUAUAUAUCAGGAUAUGAGCAUAAGAAAAUUAAAUUCCCAUUAUGAGUAUUAUUUUAUUCUCUUUUUUAAUAUACAUUAUUUUAUAUCAUUUAUUAAGCAUAUUUCUUUGUAUCUUCGUAUUUUGUUCAAUUUUAAGUAUGUCUAUUACUAUAGGAAUAUACCAGCUGGGGAAGACAAAAGAAAAAACGAAUUACGAUAUUCUAUCAGUUCUCAUAUUUUAUUUUUGUUGUGUAAAUAUUCCUAUGCCCCAGUAAAUUUAAAUACUUUGUUACUUGGAGAAAAUAUAUUAAGCAAUAUAAUUUUAAUUGACAACAUAAACGGUUUUACUUGGGUAAAUAUAAUAGUAGUUAUAUUAUUUAAAGGAAUACAAAUAUUAAUGACAAAAGUAAAUUAUUUUUUAAUUGGACUUUUCCUCUUACACAUUAUUUUAUAUAUUGCUUAUGCAAUUCAUGCACAAAUAUUAAGAUAUAUAAUUCUUAGAAAAAUUGAAAUCCUUUUUGCUUUUAAAAAAAUAUUAAUAUCAAAUUAUGAGGAAAUCCCUCUUGUUCCUGAUGAUAAUUCUUCUUAUAUUACAUGUAGAGAUAUUUUAAAAUAUUAUUCCGAAGAGGGUUUCUUUUCUUCAGAAGGCAAUAUUAUACCAAAUUUUAUAUGA